AUAAUAUACUAUCCUUCCGUUUUUAUAUCACUCUACAUAUUAUAAUUUGCUUGAAUCAUUGAUUUAUUGUAAAUAAUGGAUUGAAUAUUUUGAAUGUGUAAUAUAUCGAACUGUUGGCAGUUUAUGAGUAAUGAUGCUAGAAAGAAAGAGCCAAAUCGAAAACUUAAAAAGAGAGUUCCCAAAUCUGAGAUCUUGGGGGUUCCGGCCAGUGCUAUUCACUCUACCUAUUUCGGGCUUCUUUGGUGACUCUUCGUGCCUAUUAGAAAUAACUAUCCCAAGAAAGUACCCUAAGCAACGUGUUUCAUUCAAACUCCUAAAUCCGAUUCCACACAAAUGGUCUAAAUUUGACGCAAUCGAAUGUCCAGAUAGUCUGUAUGGAAAACCAAUUGUGGAUGCUAUAUGGGCAAUAGUAUCCAACUUUAACGAUUAUGAGAAAUAUUGUCGCGGUAAUGCAGUGGAGUUGAAAAUCUCCAAAGAACAACCAAAAAUGGGUAUAUUGGAACAAUACGGAAAAGGCACUGAUCCAAAGAAUGAAAUUCACGAAAAUAUAUUAAAGGCUAUCAAUAGUCCACCAAAGGGGCCAAUACGCAGGAUAAUAAAUGCCACUGAUAAUGAGAUCGAUCAUAUGCUUAAAAGUGAUGAUGCUAUUAGAACAAUUAUAUAUAACACAGAUGAGAUUAACGAUGUUUUAAUACAAGUUAAAAGAACGUUGUUGAAAAACGAAGAAGCUGUGAAUAAUAUCCUACAGUCAUUGAAUAAACGAGAGAGUUUGACCGCCUCCGUAAGGGAAACUAUUGAUCUUAUAAAGAAAACUGGCUAUUCCAAUAUUAACAACUCCAUAGCUUCUAAAUCCGGAAUUAUUGAUAAGAUUCAGGCAGAGGUGGAAAAAUUGUCAGUGCAAGUUUCAGAAAAUGAGAAGAUGAUUGAAAGUGGACAUCUACACUACGAGAAUACUCGUGACCAUUUGUUAGAACUCCGCGGGAAAAUCAAUAGACUCUCCGUACUCCAUAUAUCUAUAAGUAACUCUUGUUAAGAUU